CUGUGGCACGCCCCGGCUCCAGUACUCGGGCGGUUAUAAGUAGGUCGUAAAAUUAGCCAGUCGUGAUUUUUCCAAAUGGGAAAGUUAGUAUUCAUUUCACUUGCAAUAGCUGCCUUAUCGGCGCUGUUAGGAGAGAGGAUUGUCAACUUAAGGAAAAGGACCCUCGCCUCUAAGGAGCUGGUCCAGAAUCACCUCCCCAACUGUGUCGUACUCAAACAUCUGGAUUAUGGCUCGGAGGAUAUAACGGUCAUUGGAGAUGGGCUUGCGUUAAUCAGCACUGGUCUGAAGUAUCCUGGAAUGCCAUCCUCAGAUGUGACAGGAAAGAUCUUCUCCCUCGAUCUGCAAGAUCCUCGGAUGAAACCAGUGGAGCUGCGCAUGCCAAGAAACUUUGACCUGGAGUCAUUCAACCCCCAUGGCAUCAGUGUAUACACCAAUCCAAGUGAUGACACCAUAUACCUGUUUGUUGUCAAUCAUCCUCAACACAAAAGCCAAGUAGAGGUCUUCAGAUUUCUUGAGGAUGACCACUCCCUGGUGCAUCUGAAAACCAUAAAACACGAACUUCUCUACAGUGUAAACGAUAUUGUUGCAGUGGGCGUUGAUAGCUUCUACGCAACCAAUGAUCACUACUUUUCCCAUGAGAUCUUUAAAGGUGUGGUGGAGCCUCUUCUGGCUCAGCCUUGGUCAAAUGUUGUGUACUACAGUCCCAGUGAUGUAAAAGUAGUCUCUGAGGGUUACUACUUUGCAAAUGGCAUCAAUAUUUCACCAGACAAAAGGCAUAUAUAUGUGGUAGAUCUGUUUGACCACAAUGUGCACGUGUUGGAGCGGAAAGAAGACAAUACAUUGGCUUCUAUAAAGUCCGUGACUGUGGGUUCUCUCUGUGACAACGUUGAAGUUGACCCUGAAACAGGUGACCUGUGGUUGGGCUGUCACCCUAAUGGUUGGAAAGUUUUCAUGUUUGACCCCAAGGACCCACCUGGAUCAGAGGUCAUCCACAUCCAGAAGAUUCAUUCCGAUCAGCCAGUGGUGACUCAGGUAUACGCGGACAAUGGUCAUGUGAUCAUGGGUUCCUCUGUGGCAGCUACCUAUGGGGGAAAGUUGCUCAUCGGCACUGUGUUCCAUAAAGCCAUGGUCUGUCAUCUGAAGUAGUCAAUGACUCUUUAUACUAUGUUUCUCAGUGAGCCUAUACAUUUAUCGAAGUUCUAUUAAAAAAAAAAAAAAAAAAAAAUUAAAUCAAGAGUUACAUCUUUGCAUGGCUGUCAAUCAGACAGAGCAAUGAGGAUUGGAAUGAUGAUAUACAUAGAUAUUGCACCACGUGUUUGUGAAAAAUGCAGUUUGCCCCAUUGUACUAGACAGGAUGUGAUAAUAGACCCAUGAGUCUCUCAGCUGGUGUAAGAGUGUCUAAAGAUCCCUCAAUAGGAGCUGGAAGGAGAUUAGAUGAAUGGUGUUUACCUGAUUCUAUAGUGGUGAGCCCUGGAUACAACAGCAUUUAAAAAAAAAAAAAA